AUGAAGUUCUCCUAUAUCACGGCUGCGGCCAUUAUCGCCGGCGUCAAGGCUUCUCCGCACCCCGCACUCGAGCAGCAACAGCUCCUGAGCGUGCCAUCUCAAUCUGCGCCAUCUGCGCCCAGCUACAGCCAAACAAGCCUAGACGAUAUAAUCCGCGAUUCACCUCUUCUCUCCCUCCACCGCGACCUAGUCAAGAUUGAAUCGAUCUCCGGCAAUGAACACGAUGUCGGCAACUUCGUCGCCCAGUACCUCGAAGCCCGGGACUUCACCGUGGUAAAGCAAGAAGUGCCCCAAGUAAAGGGCAAAGAAGCCACCAAACCGCGUUACAACAUCUACGCAACUCCAACGUCCUCCACAGAACCCCCCUCAAUCCUCCUCACAAGCCACAUCGACACCGUGCCUCCCUUCAUCCCAUACUCCGUGCACGAAGCCGAACCCUCCACCACUACAGAACGAGAGAACAUCAUCCUCUCCGGCCGCGGCUCAGUCGACGCAAAAGGCAGCGUCGCCGCCCAAAUCUUCGCAACCCUCGAAACCCUCGCCAAAAAUCCAAACGCGAACCUCGGCCUCCUCUUCGUCGUCGGCGAAGAAAUCGGCGGCGACGGCAUGAAAGUCUUCUCCGACUCACCCCUCAACCCGAAAUCAUCCCUCAAAACCGUCAUCUUCGGCGAGCCAACGGAAGCAGCCCUCGUUGCGGGCCACAAGGGCAUGCUCGGCUUCAAGGUUCUCGCCCACGGCACAGCCGCGCACUCCGGCUACCCCUGGCUCGGAAAAAGCGCCGUCUCGGCCAUCCUGCCUGCACUGUCGCGCGUCGAUGUUCUCGGCAACACGCCUGUCGAAAAGGGCGGGUUGCCUGCUUCGCCGAAGUACGGGCCGACGACGCUGAAUAUCGGUGUUAUUCGGGCUGGUGUUGCGACUAAUGUCGUUCCUAAGGAGGCGUGGGCUGAUGUCGCUGUGAGGUUGGCGGCUGGGACGCCGGCUGAGGCGAGAGAGAUUAUUCAGCGGGCUGUUGAUAGUGCUGUUGAGGGCCAGGAGGCUAAGGUUGUUUUGGACUUUACUUCGCAUAAUGAGUCUUAUCCUCCGCAGGAUUUGGAUGUUGAUGUUGAUGGGUUUGAGGUUACGACUGUUAAUUAUGGGACUGAUGUGCCGAAUUUGGAUGUCAGGGCUGGGGUUAAGAGGUACUUGUAUGGGCCUGGUAGUAUCUUUGUUGCCCAUGGUGAUCAUGAGGCUUUGAAUGUUCGGGAGAUUGAGGAUGCUGUGGUGGGUUACAAGAGGUUGAUUGAGGCUGCGCUGGAGAGGGAGGAGAAGGGUGAGGUUGGUGUAUGA